CUCUCUCUCUAUGAACUCUGCCCAUUCUUUUACUCAGCUCACAAGCAAAGCAAGCAUCCUGUACUCUCUUUCUCUUCUGCUUAAACACUCUCCUUUCUUUAUUUGAAUUUAUUCUUUUCUUACUUCCACUUCUCUUUUUUACCACUCUAAUUCUUCUUUCUUUCUUGAUUUGCAUGUGUUUGUGUUGAAACGUCUUCUUUCUUUUCCUUUUUCCUUUUUUCCUUUUUUCUGUAAAUUUGAUGGGAAUGUAAAUGGGUUCUUUAGAAAGUGGGGUCUUUCCAUUCAAGAGAGAGAAUCUUGGCCGUUCUUCAUCAAGAACUGAGAGGCACCCCUUUUUACAGAGACACAGAUCGAGAUUUUCACGUUUCUUGUUUUUCAAGAAGCUAGAUUAUUUACAAUGGAUUGGCACGGUUGCUGUCUUCUUGGUCUUUGUUGUUAUUUUUCAGAUGUUUUUACCUGGUUCAGUAAUGGAUAAAUCCGAUGAUUCAUUGCAAGAAACGGAUGUAGUCCCUUCAGAUUUGAUGUUCUUGAAAGAAAUGGGUCUGUUGGAUUUUGGAGAAGACAUUACAUUUAAGCCCUUAAAGCUUAUGGAGAAAUUUCAAAGCGAAAAUAGAGAGUUGAAUUUGACUAAUGUUUUUAAUAGGACUCAACUCCGUUUUGGAUACAGAAAGCCCCAGCUUGCAUUGGUUUUUGCGGAUCUGUUGGUUGAUCCACAGCAAUUGCUAAUGGUGACAGUUGCAAUUGCAUUGCGAGAGAUUGGUUAUUCAAUUCAGGUUUACUCCCUUGCAGAUGGUCCAGCAUAUGAAGUCUGGAAAAACACAGGAGUUCCAGUUACCAUUAUUCAAACCCGUGACAAGAUGGAGUAUUUUGUAAAUUGGCUGAACUAUGAUGGCAUACUUGUGAGCUCUCUUGAAGCCAAGGGUAUCUUUUCCCGUCUCAUGCAGGAACCUUUCAAGUCUUUGCCUCUCAUAUGGACCAUCCAUGAAAAAACACUCGCUAUUCGUUCUAGACAGUAUGCUUCAAAUGGGCAACUUGAGCUUGUGAGCUAUUGGAAAAGAGUUUUCAACCGUGCCACUGUUGUUUUAUUCCCUGACUAUGUCUUGCCGGUAAUGUACUCUACAUUUGAUUCUGGAAACUAUUAUGUUAUUCCGGGUUCUCCUGCUGAAGCAUGGAAAGCUGAUAGCAAACGGGCUUUGUACAACAAUAGUAUACGUGCCGAGAUGGGCUAUAGUGCUGAUGAUCUUGUCAUUGCAAUUGUAGGAAGCCAAUUUCUGUACAGGGGUUUAUGGCUGGAGCAUGCCAUUGUUUUACAGGCUUUAUUGCCACUUUUUCCUAACUCUGUAGUGGAAAAUGAAUCAAAUUCUCAUAUCAAGAUCAUGAUUUUAAGCAGGGAUUCAACUGUUAAUUACAGCUUAGCUAUUGAGGCCAUUGCUUUUAACCUGCAUUAUCCUAGAGGAAUUGUGAAGCACAUAGUUGUUGAAGAGGAUGCUGAUAGUGUUCUUAACAUGGCUGAUGUGGUGCUAUACGGGUCCUUUGUUGAGGAGCAAUCUUUUCCUGUAAUGUUGAUGAAAGCCAUGUGCUUUGGGAAACCAAUCAUAGCCCCAGACCUCUCCAACAUCAGGAAAUAUGUUGAUGACAGGGUGAAUGGCUAUCUUUUUCCUAAAGAAAAUUUAAGAGUUCUGACACAAAUUAUGUUGCAAGUAAUUGCAAAUGGGAAGUUAUCACCUCUGGCUCACAAUGUUGCCUCAAUAGGAAGAGGUACUGUUAAGAACCUGAUGGUUUUGGAAACUAUUGAAGGUUAUGGUUUGCUGCUUGAAAAUGUUCUCAAGCUCCCAUCAGAAGUUGCGAUGCCGAAGGCUAUUAAAGAACUUCCUCCCAAAUUUAAGGAAGAAUGGCAGUGGCAACUAUUUGAAGCCUUUUCAAAUUCAACAUAUGAAGAAAGAGCCUCAAGAAGUGACAGAUUUUUAAAGCAGGUUGAGGGACAGUGGAACCUUACUCUAAGAGAGAGCUAUGGUACUGUGCCUGCAACAUAUGACUCAUUUUCAUAUGAGAUUUGGGAGGAAGAAAAAUCACUUGGGAUAUUUAACAUGAGAAAAAGGAGAGAGGAAGAAGAGUUAAAAGAUAGAAGCGAACAAUCUCAUGGAACAUGGGAGGAAGUGUAUCGAAGUGCCAAAAGGGCUGAUCGUUCUAAAAAUGAUUUGCAUGAACGAGAUGAAGGUGAACUUGAAAGGACAGGUCAACCAUUGUGCAUUUAUGAACCUUAUUUUGGGGAAGGAACCUGGCCUUUUCUGCACCAUAAAUCGCUUUAUCGUGGCAUUGGAUUGUCCACCAAAGGCCGAAGACCUGGAACAGAUGAUGUUGAUGCAUCCUCCCGUCUGCCACUUCUGAACAAUCCUUACUACCGAGACAGCCUUGGUGAAUACGGAGCCUUUUUCGCAAUUGCAAACCGGAUUGAUCGUAUGCACAAAAAUGCUUGGAUUGGUUUUCAGUCUUGGAGAGUAACAGCAAGCAAGGGAUCAUUGUCUGGGAUUGCUGAAAAUGAAUUGCUAAAUGCUAUUCAAACGCGAAGACAUGGUGACACACUCUACUUUUGGGUUCGUAUGGACAUGGAUUCAAGAAACCCCUUACAACAGGAUUUCUGGUCGUUUUGUGAUGCAAUAAAUGCCGGCAAUUGCAAGUAUGCAUUUUCUGAGUCUCUCAAGAGAAUGUACGGCAUAAAGCAUGAUUUCAAUGUUUUACCUCCCAUGCCCGAAGAUGGGGGUACAUGGGCUGUCAUGCAGAGUUGGGCUUUGCCAACGAAGUCCUUCCUAGAGUUUGUUAUGUUCUCAAGGAUGUUUGUGGAUGCCUUAGAUGCACAAAUGUAUGAUGAGCACCAUCAAAAUGGAUACUGUUAUCUGAGUAUGUCAAAGGACAAACAUUGUUACUCACGUUUGCUUGAGCUACUUGUAAAUGUCUGGGCAUACCACAGUGGUAGACGGAUGAUAUAUGUGAACCAUGAGACUGGUGCAAUGCAAGAACACCACAGCUUUAAGAGCCGAAGAGGUAAAAUGUGGGUGAAAUGGUUCUCAUACACCACUUUAAAGAGCAUGGAUGAGGACUUGGCCGAAGAGACAGAUUCCGACCACCCUACACGACGAUGGUUGUGGCCAUCAACAGGUGAGGUUGUAUGGCAAGGUAUUAUUGAGAGAGAGAGGAACCUUCGAAAUCGACAGAAAGAGAAAAGGAAGCAACAGAGUAAGGAUAAACUUUCAAGGAUGAAGAAACGGAAUCGCCAAAAGGUAAUAGGUAAGUAUGUGAAACCCCCACCUGAAGGGGAGACAAAAGAUUCAAACUCAACUGUGGCAAACUGAUUUUUCAAGGUUGUGGCGUCUAAGUAGAUUCUAAUUAGAUAAUUCUUUAAUUUUUGAAUUCUCCCUCAUCUGGUCGAUUUUUUUGUCAGAAAGGAUGCACAAAUAUGUGUUGUGCAUGUUUGCUUAGUUCGUAUGUAACUAACUGCGUCCUUCCGGUCCUGGUCAUUUGAUGCUGACAAAUGCCAAAUGUAUACAAGCGAUUUUCUUUUUCAUUUUUUUCUUCUUUUUAAAAUGCCUUUCCAGGGUUGGUACAUUCAAAUGGAAGAAAAAGGCAUGAGAAUUUGUAAAGACAGUCAUCAAUGAAGAAUUUGUAUAACUCUAGCUCCUUAGAAAUUGUAUUUAUUUAUUGCUCUCUGUUCUCUA